CCAAUUCAAACUGUGCAGAGAGUUCCGUUUGCGAACUCGGUCAAGUCAACUCAGCCUAUUCAGAUGAGGCAGAAUAACAGGGGAGUUGGUGUUACACCUGGUGCUCCGCUGGCGGCAGCAGGUGGUUUCCAUUGUCACCAAUACCAACAGCGAUUGGUCGGAGAUGAUCUCAUCUCUCCUUCCUCUUCCUCCCGCCCCACCACCGAUAACAACAAUAACAAGAAUCAGAUUUCUCCGUUGCCGAGCCCUUCCUCGUCUUCUUCCACUAAUUGCUCUGCUUUUGGUAUAUGAAAAUUGAAAAGCUGGGGUGCUUGAGACAGGGACGGCGCUAGCCUAUUAGUAGGGGGGUUUAAAAACAUUUUGUGCAUCUAAAUAUAGUCCUCAUUGAUACAAUUUUGGUUGGGUAAAAGCAUUGUAGCCAGAUAUUAGUUGUUCGAUCCACAAUAAUUUUUUGAAGCCUGUAUUCUAGAACUUGACCAAGGCAUAUAUCUAUUAAUAUUUCAAUCCACCAGUAUUUUGGAAACUCAAAUAAAAAUGUUACUGAUGACUUAAUUACAUUGUUGUUAUUAUUAUUAUUAUUAUUAUUAUUAUUAUUAUUUUUUUUUUUUAUUUUUAUCUAUAAAAGAACAAGUAAAAAGUUACUAUUGCAUAGUGUCUCAUCACAAGGGGUGCUCUUUUGGUAAUUAACCAAAGAUUGGAGUAGUUUUAUGCCAUUAAGGUUCUAAUAAAUUAAUUUUAUGCUA